AUGGCUUUCAAUUAUGAUGGGAUGUAUUAUGGAACAGGAGUUAAUAUGACUUUCUAAAAUUAUCUAGAUCCACCUAAGUGCUAACCAAGCAGAUACCAGCUAGAUUCGAGAUGCUAAGAAUACUUUCAAUUUAUAAUUAACUCAAACGAAACAAUGAUUUAGUAUUUUCCUCCUACUCAUUUUAUGUAUUCAGAUAAUAAUAAACCUUAUAUUUCUUUUGGAUUCUAAAAUCCAUAAAUUGAUGCUUUUUCUUUUAUAUGCAAUUCUUUUAAUCUUGAGAAGUAGAAUCAAAUACUUUAGAGCACAUUUCAAAAUAAUAGAAUAAGAAUAAUUUUUGAUCCUAUUACUAUGAGAGUUAGUGCAGAUCUUUAACUUUCUAAAGAUAUGAGUAUUGUUUAUGAAACAUUUUAGAAUUUAUUCUUGACUCUUAUUUUUAUGACAGAAAGUAUUAUCGGUUAAAAUGAAAGUUUAGCAUUGAUAGAAAUAACAAAAUAGAUUGAGUAUUUCUAAAAGCUAAAUAAUUAAAGAGCUUUAGGUAUAUGUUACAAUAAUAUGGGUAAUAUUCACUUUAAUAAUGGUAGAUAUGAAGAAGCAUAUGACUACUAUAAUAGGUCAAUAGUUUGCUGCCUAUAUGAAUUGGAGUUUUACAAAGAGCAAGAUUAAUAUAUUUGUUAGAACCAAAAGAAAAAGUCUAUUCAAUCUAAACUUAUGAGUUCAGUGUAUUUAAAAGAUGGAUAAACUAUAAAAUAAUAAUCACCAAAUAUCAAUAACUUAAAAUAAGCUUUUUUAGGAGAUAAUUAUAAUGAUAUACAAGAAAAAAAAAUGAAAUAAAUGGAUGAAUUUGAACUAAUUUCCUAGCUAUUUUCUAGAAAGUACAAUAGCUUCAAAGCAGUAUUCCAAUAUAUGAUGAAUGAUAAUAAUAGAGCAGGAAACUGGGAUUUAGAAGUUAUAUUAAUGCAAUAGCUUAAAGAAUUAAAUUUUUUAAAUGAAGAUAGGCAAUUUUUUAAUAUAAGAAACAAAAUAAUUGCUAAUAUUUACUUAUUACUUAUUUAUACAAAAACAGAAUAAAUUUAAGAAUGCCAUAAGAUAAUAAGAGAAAAUGAAAUUAUAUAUAAUUAGUAUGUUAUCUAAAGGAUGGAAUCAGCUACAUCGUAAAGUAAUUCUGUUUAAAGUAAAAAUGACUAACACAUAAAUAAAACUACUUUUAGCUCAAUUUAAAAUAGAAAAAUUGAAAAGCACUAAUCUUCAACAAAUGAUAACUAAUAAUAAAAAACUAAAAAUCAACUUAGAAAAAUGGACAUUCAUAAAUUAAAUAUUUUAACUAAUAUUGAUGAUAUAAUUAAUAGGAUAUAUGAUUAAUUAGUUAAUGAAGUUUCUUACAAAAUAAGCUUAGUUUAUCUUGAUAUCAGCAAAAAAAAAUAAAAAUAAAAUAAAAAAAAUAAAUUAAAAGCAAAGAGAUUUUGUGAAGAUAUUAUCUCUUAAGUAUUUACUAAAGAUGAUGACUAUUUUGGUUUAAUUUAUUCAUCACUUUCAGAUAUGAAAAAAUGUAAAAAUAAAAACUAAAAUAAUUUUAAAAAUGAGAAUGCCACUUGGUAAGAAAUAAAAUAAUUUAUUACAAUUAAAAAAAUAAAUAUUUUUUAAAACGACUAAACAAAUUAUCCUAAAGAAAAAAAAGAAAAUAUUCUUAAUUAAAAUUAUAUAUAACAAUCUAACAUUCUUAAAGACACACAGUAUAAGAUUUUAAAUCAGUACGAUGGCUUCUAGAGAAAUUUUAAAUUUAAUUUUAGUUAAUUUUAAAGAAAUUCAUAUUAAAAUGAGUAUAAUUGCUCACUAAAAGAAUAAUAAAGCUAAUUAGCAAGCUUUAACUAAAACUCAUUUAGCGGCAUUAACUGCAUAUUUUCUUAAAAUUCUUAAACAAUUUGUGAAACUUCUUAAAAUCAGUUGUUAAAAAAUUUUAAUUUUAGUGAUUUAGAUUAAACUAUAAGCUAGGCUAUUCCUUACUUAGAGGUUGUUGCUAAAAACAAACUUUAGAGUUCGUUAUCAAUAAUCCUUUUAAGCGUUUCUAUUUUUCAGACCAUAUUCAUCAAAAGCUAUUUAAAUUAUGCAGUAAGUUAAAUUUAACUUGCUUAAGACACAAAUGAAAUUCAAUUCUCUUUGCUAGAAAAUGAAUAUAUCCUCUAAAUUAUUUAAAAUGAUUUAUAAUUUGAAAUAUAGAUUAUCAAAAUACUUUUUAAUGCUAAAAAUAAGUUGGACUAAGGUGUUAUUUUCAAAAAUCCUAAAUUUAAAAACACUUUACUAAGCGUAUUAAACACAUUUUAUAAUAGCGGAGAUCCAUAUUUUCUUAAUCUUUACAGAUAAAAUUCUUACUUCAUAUCUAGUUGGCACCAAAAAAGUACUUAUGAUUUAAGCUAAUUAGAUAGAUUAUCAGCAGAUUAAAUAAGAAAUUCAAGUUAUAUUGACUUUGUAUGGAAAGCUAAUUUAUAAUUGAAUCAAAAUAGAAUUUAGAAAUAGCAAUAAUAAAAUAUAAUGUCAUAAUCUUAUUUUAUGGCUUUCAAUUAUGAUGGGAUGUAUUAUGGAACAGGAGUUAAUAUGACUUUCUAAAAUUAUCUAGAUCCAUUGCAAUGCUAACCAAGCAGAUACUAGUUAGAUUCAAGAUGCUAAGAAUAUUUUCAAUUUAUUAUUAACUCAAACGAAACAAUUAUCUAGUAUUUUCCUCCAACUCAUUUUAUGUAUUCAGAUAACAAUAAACCUAAUAUCUCUUUUGGAUUUUGUAAAAAAGCACCAAUGCCCAUAAAUUUUAAAGCUAUUUAUUAAUAAUAUUUCAGAGAAAAUCCAUAAAUUGAUGCAUUUUCUUUAAUAUGCAAUUCUUUUAAUCUUGAGAAGUAGAAUUUAAUACUUUAGAGCACAUUUCAAAAUAAUAGAAUAAGAAUAAUUUUUGAUCCUAUUACUAUGAGGGUUGUAUUAUAAAGCAAUCUAGAUAUUUCAAAUAACACACUCUUAAAUCUUUAAUCGUCUUACUUAGAUAAAUUAGAUACAAAACAAUAGAAUAUUUUCUUACAAUAAAUAAAAUAAUUUUAGUAAUAAUACAUAAAUAAAUACUGUUAUCAAAGUAAGAUUUAAGUUUUUGAGCAAAUAUAAAUUAAGAUAGUACAGUAGUUUAAAUUUUAAGAUAAAGGUAGAGCAUUUACAGCUAUUCUUUAACCAAUAUAAACAAUUGAUGAUGAUGAUAAAAAUAGUGAUUCUUCUAAUGUAUUUUAUUGCUUCAAAAAUAGCUUAAUUUUAUUAACAAUAAUUGAAUCUACUUCAUAGCUUUUUUACUAUUCAAAAUAUAUAACUGGAUUAAUAUUUUAAUCAGUUGAAAAUCUCACUAAUGCAAUAUAAAAACUAAAAAUAAAUGAAGAUACAAACCAUUUAUUGCUGUUUGAAGAUAAGACCUUUUUACAAAAUUUUUUGAAUUAGAGUGCAGAUCUUUAACUUUCUAAAGAUAUGAGUCUUGUUUAUGAAACAUUUUAGAAUUUAUUCUUGACUCUUAUUUUUAUGACAGAAAGUAUUAUCGGUUAAAAUGAAAGUUUAGCGUUGAUAGAAAUAACAAAGUAGAUUGAGUAUUUCUAAAAAUUAAAUAAUUAAAGAGCUUUAGGUAUAUGUUACAACAAUAUGGGUAAUAUUCACUUUAAUAAUGGUAGAUAUGAAGAAGCAUAUGACUACUAUAACAGGUCUAUAGUGUGCUGCCUAUAUGAAAUGGAGUUUUACAAAGAGUAAGAUUAAUAUAUUUGUUAGAAGCAAAAGAAAAAUUCUAUUCAAAAUUAAUUUAUGAGUUUAGAGUAUAAAAAAGACGAAUAAGCUUAAAAAUAAUAAUCAUCAAAUAUAAAUAAUCUAAAAUAAGCUAUUUCCAAAGAUAAUUAAAAUGAUUUAGAUGAAACAUAAAUUAAAAAAAAUGAUGAAAUUGAACUAGUUUCCUUGCUCUUUACUAGAAAGUACAAUAGCUUCAAAGCAGUAUUUCAAUAUAUGAUGAGUGAUAAUAAUAGAGCAGGAAACUGGGAUUUAGAAGUAUUACUCAUUUAAAGAAUGCCAUUAGAUAAUAAGAGAAAAUGA